AUGGUCCACCGCACGAGCGCCAUCUGGCUCUCGCUAGUCUUGGGCCCCUUCGCUUCCCUCUCUCACGCUCGGAGCGUGGGCCCAAGAGAUGCGGUCCCGGAAGGAUACCGUGCUGCCCCUUACUACCCGACGCCCCACGGAGGAUGGCUCGACUCGUGGAAGGAAGCCUAUACCAAGGCUCAAGCCCUGGUCUCGCAGAUGACUCUGGCCGAGAAGACGAACAUCACGUCGGGAGUCGGAUAUUGGAUGGGGCCCUGUGUGGGAAACAGUGGCAGUGCCGACCGCCUUGGAUUUCCCCAGCUUUGCCUGCAGGACUCGGCUCUUGGCGUCGCGUCUGCCGACAAUAUCACUGCGUUCCCGGCAGGCAUCACGACAGGAGCCACAUGGGACAAGGCCUUGAUCUAUGCCCGAGGGGUUGCCCUAGGCGAAGAGUUCCGCGGCAAAGGGACCAACGUCUAUCUGGGGCCUACCGUCGGCCCUCUGGGCCGGAAGCCACUGGGCGGCCGGAACUGGGAGGGCUUUGGCGCGGACCCAGUUCUCCAGGCCAAAGCGGCCGCGCUGACGAUCCAGGGCGUCCAGGAGCAAGGCAUCAUCGCCACCAUCAAGCAUUACGUCGGCAACGAACAGGAGAUGUACCGCAUGUACAACGUGUUCCAGCCCGGGUACAGCGCGAAUAUUGACGAUCGGACGCUGCACGAGAUCUACCUAUGGCCGUUCGCCGAGGCCGUGCAUGCCGGCGUGGGCGCUGUGAUGACGGCGUACAACGCUGUCAACGGCUCUGCGUGCUCCCAACACAGCUACUUGGUCAACGGCAUCCUCAAGGACGAACUGGGCUUCCAAGGCAUGGUCAUGUCCGACUGGCUGAGCCACAUCUCCGGCGUGGACUCGGCUCUGGCCGGCCUGGACAUGAACAUGCCGGGCGACACCAACAUCCCGUUGUUUGGUUUCAGUCUGUGGCAGUACGAACUGACCAGGUCUGUCCUGAACGGUUCGGUGCCCAUGGACCGGCUGAACGACAUGGCCACCCGAGUCGUGGCGGCCUGGUACAAGAUGGGCCAGGACAAGGACCAUCCACGCCCCAACUUCUCGUCGAACACGCGCGACAAGGAUGGACUCCUGUAUCCGGCGGCUCUCUUUUCCCCGACGGGGCAAGUCAACUGGUUCGUCAACGUGCAGGCCGACCACUACCUGGUCGCCCGCCAGGUAGCCCAGGACGCCAUAACGCUGCUGAAGAACAACGGCAGCCUUCUCCCGCUGUCGACCUCGGCCAAAAUCAGCGUCUUCGGCACUGACGCGCAGGUGAAUCCUGCAGGACCGAACGCUUGCGGCAACAGAGCGUGCAACACGGGUACGCUUGGCAUGGGCUGGGGUUCUGGCGUGGCGGACUACCCGUACUUUGACGACCCAAUUUCCGCCAUCAGAAAAAGAGUCCCGGACGUCGAGUUUCACAACACGGACACUUUCCCGUCAGUGGACACGCCGUCGCCCGAUGACGUCGCCAUCGUCUUCAUCAGCUCCGAUUCAGGAGAGAACAGCUUCACCGUCGAGGGCAACCACGGAGAUCGCGACAACGACAAGCUGGCGGCCUGGCAUGGCGGCGACAAGCUCGUCCAGAAAGCUGCCGAGAAAUACAGCAAUGUGGUGGUCAUUGUCCACACCGUCGGUCCUCUCGUUCUGGAAUCGUGGAUCGACCAUCCGUCGGUCAAGGCCGUCCUCUUCGCGCAUCUCCCGGGCCAGGAGGCAGGCGAAUCCCUGACCAACGUUCUCUUCGGCGACGUCUCGCCCAGUGGACACCUCCCGUACUCCAUCACCAAGGCCGCCACCGACUAUCCCGACAGCAUCGCGAACCUACGGGGGUUCGCCUUUGGCCAAGUCCAAGACACGUAUUCCGAGGGCCUCUACAUCGACUACCGCUCGCUCAACAAGCGGGGCAUCAAACCGCGCUUCGCCUUCGGCCACGGCCUCAGCUACGCCAACUUCACCUUCUCCGACGCCACCAUCCGCCCCGUCACAUCCCUCUCGCUCGUCCCUCCCCCGCGCGAGCCCAAGGGCACAACCCCGUCCUACCCCACCACCAUUCCCAAUGCCUCCGAAGCCUACUGGCCCGACAACUUCAACCGCAUCUGGCGCUACCUCUACCCCUGGCUGGACAGAGACGAAGCCGACCGGGCGUACGCGAUCGGUGUCGCCGGCGAGAAGAAAUAUGCCUACCCGGAGGGCUACUCGACCGUGCAAGGCCCCGGCCCCGCGGCCGGCGGCGGCGAGGGCGGCAACCCGGCGCUCUGGGACGUCGCAUACGAGAUCACCGUCACCGUCCGCAACGCCGACGACAGCACGCACGCCGGCAAGGCCUCGGUGCAGGCCUACCUGCAGUAUCCCGAGGGGAUCCCGUACGACACGCCCGUCGUGCAGCUGCGGGACUUUGAGAAGACGCGCGAGCUGAGGCCCGGCGAGAGCGAGACGGUCACGCUGCGGCUGACGAGGAAGGAUGUCAGCGUGUGGGACGUGGAGCUGCAGAACUGGGUCGUGCCUGGCUCCCAGGGGGGUCGGUAUACCGUGUGGAUCGGCGAUGCGAGCGAUCGGUUGUUUUUGGCGUGCUAUACCGAUACGGGGAAGUGUGAGGGAGGCUUGAAGCCGCCUGUCUGA